CUUCAAUCAAGUUGAGCCAUCUCUAGUGACACAAUAUAAAUUCUGUUACAUAAUUAGUAGUACUUUUGAAUUUUGACAAAGUAUGAUUGGCAUUUGAUCAGUUUUUCGUGUGGGUGGUGUAUCAAAAAGUUUGGCAUUUGGACAAGGAAGCCGGAAGUGACAUUUGGAAAAAUGGGUUUCAAAUUUAUUUUUCUUGUUUUGGUUCAUUUAGGUGCAGUAUAUGGUGAUAGAACUAAACAAAGGAUAUAUGUUGAUGUCAAUGGUAUAGGUGCCUGCUUUAGGAGAAUGAAUGGAACACAUCAGAUUGGAUGCACAUCUGAUAUCAAUGGUAAUGUGGGUGUGGUUCACUAUGUGCAAGAUGAAGAUGAUCUCAAUUGGGUAAUGAACAAAGGGCCACAUGCCCCCUAUGCUGUGCUCUUGACCUCUGCUAUGUUUACAGGUGACAAUGUGCGCAAGUUAUGGCAUGGUGGCAAAAUAAAUGGUAUACUUGUGAUCAACACUAACGAAACUGCAGACCCAAAGUCCUUCUCACCAGAUGAUUCCUGUCCUAAUAAAGGCACAAGUAUGUAUAAAGAAGAUGCAGAUUAUCAGCAUUGUAAAACUGUCACCUGGAACCUGGGAGCUACAGGGUUAAUGUUUGAAGAUUUCAAUGGACCAAUCAUAGCCCUUGCAAAUCAAACAGAAGUAGACUACAUAAUCAAUGAUUGUUACGAGCGAUUUAACAAACCUGUAAAUGGUGAGCCACGUGAGUACCCACUAUGCUCGGCUGAACUCAAGGCUAGAAUGGAUGCGGCCAAAGACACACCUACUUGUCAAAGAAGAUCAAACCUCAUUCAGAAUCUCAAUCCAGAUCAUUUCUGUGACCCCCUGGGGGACUACAAUGUUUAUUCAAGUCUAAAGGCCGUAAAGAACAAUGAAACAUUGGCCGUUAAGUCAAUAAUCAUGGCUACAACACGGCUCGAUGGAUUCUCAUUAUUCGACAACCUCUACCCCAGCGCAGAUUCUGCUAUUACUGGUACAAUUGCAUUACUUGCUGCCGCUGAAGCCAUUGGAAAGGUCAAAGGUCAAAUUAUAAAUGAUGAUAGUGCUAAAGAUGUCCUAUUUGUAUUUUACCAAGGCGAAGCAUUUGAUUACAUUGGCUCUAGUAGGCUGGCAUAUGAUAUGUCAAAAGGAAACUUUCCUUAUCAGUUCCAAGAUAAUGGUGGCACAAAAGAUUACAUGAGACUCCACCCAAUAGGUUUGGAUAACAUAGAGAGUAUAUUGGAAGUUAACCAAGUGGGUUUAAGUGAUGAGGGCUCAAUAUGGGCUCAUACAGAUCCUCUCAGCCAGAAGGCACACCCAGAUGUUAAAACUAUGAUUGAACACAUAACUGAGAAACUGAAAUCAAGUGGGACAGUUGCUAAUUUAAGCAUUAGCCAACCUUCAAGCAGUCAACCUCUCCCUCCAGCCUCCCUUCAGAGUUUCCUCAAGUAUACAGCUCUGCCAGGGGUGGUCAUAACUGAUCAUAAAAGUCAAUUCACAAAUCAGUAUUACAACAGUAGAUUAGACACAGCAAUGAAGAUCAAUGCUGACUACCCAGCUGCUGAAAAUGACACGUUUAACUUCACAACUCCUGCUGCUCAGCAAAUUGUAAAGGUCGCAACAACUGUUGCUAAGACAUUGUUUACCCUAGCAACAGGAGUGAAUGAUACAUCAAACGUUGAAGCAGAUUUAUCAUCAGUGAAUAUGCUCAUCUACUGUAUACUGCACAAUCCAAAUUGUUCAUUAUUUCAAGAAAUCUUAGAAAAAAACAAUGCUGGUGUUUUAGCUUCGAGGCCAUAUCCAACAUAUGUAGGGGUUAAUACUAACAGAAAUACACACACAACGUUAGUGCAAAGACUAUUAGUGCAUUACCUCGGAGAUAAGCUGGAGAGUGUUACUGAGAAAAAAGAUUGUAAGGCAGAGACAACAGAUAAGGUGUUUAAGUACCUCUGGGUGAAUGGCCCUAAGAACAGCACCUCGGGAGAGAGGAUGCCCCUGUGUGUAAGAAGCACUACUAACUUCUCUAUAGCCACAUCUCCUGCCUUUGUUAUUGAUGAUUAUAACUGGGCUAGUGGGGAAUAUUCCACAUGGAGUGAAUCUGUGUGGCAAACUAAUGCAAUCAAAGUACGAGUGUUUAUGGUCCCAAGUCAACAAAGACAGAUUGGCACCUUACUCGGGGGACUUGGGCUUUUUAUUCUGUCUCUGGGAAUGAUGGUACUGUUUGAGAAACGUGCUGGUCUCUUAUUCCCGAAUGAGUCAGUAAGGACGAGUGAAUAUUAAUAAUAUUAAAAGAAUUGAAAGCAAGACUCAUUUUGUGUCAUGUGCAGUAAGAAUGAGGGAUAAACUGGAAAAGGGCUGAUUUCUUAAUGAAACGAGAGAUAAUGAACUCCAUGUUAAAAUCACUGGAAGUACCAGAACUCCAGUUUAAAGUGAAGCCUUAGAUCCAGCUUUGACUGAGUGAGAAUUUCAGUAAAAGUAUGGAUUUUUAUAUACAGAUCACGAGAGAAAGUUGGAGACUCAGCGGUUUCACAUUUCCAGACCAGUUUAAUAAUUGUCGUAUAAUUUGUCCACGCUUGUAAUAUAUAUUGGACCCUCUUGUAAGUUGCACUUUCUAGAAAAAUCUAACAAUGGAAUUAAAUGUGAUGUAAUUUGUAUUACCACAUUCACUAGGUUGGAUGAUGAAAUGAUGAAAUUUCUGAGCAAUUUAGUCAAAGAAGAAAUUGAUCAUUUUGAUCUUUUUGAUACGAGAAGGUUUAAUGAAAUACUUAAUGAGGUAUUAAAACAAGAUCAAAGAGAUUAGUCUAGCUACAAGCCCCUGU